CUGCAGACGCAGCCGACGUCUCAAUCUUUACAGUCGACAUGGACUUGAAAGCGUUCCUGGUUUUCCUGUUGAUGGUGGCCUGUGUGGCCGCAUACACUAAGAGAUGCCGCAAGACCUGUUACAGCAGGACGAGGUACACAACCAACUGCAGCAGCAGGUGGAGCUGGAGCAGGAGCAGGUGCACCAGAUACAGGACCUCUUCCUACACAUGCUUCGGACCGUGUCCCAAAGUGAAUGGCGGCUGGUCCUCGUGGUCCAACUCCCAGAUGAUGGGCCCCUGCUCGGCCACGUGCGGCACUGGGCGCCAGCACUACAAGAGGACCAGAUCCUGCACCAACCCAGCACCAGCUAAUGGUGGAGCUCGCUGCUGGGGCACAGGGGAGUACACAUAUUCCUCCAACUGCAACAGCAAUCCAUGCCCAGUCGACGGUCAGUGGUCUGGCUGGGAGGACUGGACACCAGUGACCGAGUGCCCCGUCCUGUGCGGUGGAGGCCAGACCGACUUCACCCGCUCUCGCUCCUGCUCCAACCCCAUGCACGGGGGCAGGGACUGUGAGGGCGAGGCCACACAGAACAGGGAGAUGCACGAAUGCAACACGGAACCCUGCGGGGACAGGUGUCGUGAGGAUAGCCCAACGUCUAUCGCCCACAGUGACCCCCUCAAGUACUACGAGUGCACUGACAGUGUAGCCUACCUCAAGGAAUGUCCAGACCAUUCCACCUUCUCCUCUUCCGGCGAGGCAUGUGUCCCCAACCCAUGCGCGAAUGAGGGCCUUCUCCGCCGUCACCCCAGCGACAGCAGGAAGUACCUGUUGUGUCUGUCAGGUGCAAGGGUCAUCGACUUGGUCUGUGCACCCGGCAGCUUCUUCAAUGAGGAAACCAAGGUCUGCCAGUAGGCCUCGUAAUCGAAAGCUAGCAGUCAAUAAACAUUGCAAAUAUU